GUGUCAGUAGGAGGGGAGUGAAGAGGGGGAGUGUCCUGUGCAGGACCAGGGCUGCAUGCUGGCAGCCCCGGGGCGUGCGAGCUGGACUAUAUAUAUAACUCUGCAACUCUCGUCACUCUGCCUUUCUCAGUAACUCCUGGGGAAUCUGCUGCCUGCUCUCCUCCUCCAGUGACCACACGCUCAGCCUCAGUCUCCAGCCCCAGACACACCCCGGAUCUCCUGUCUUCCCAACUCACAGGACUAGCACCAUGGCCCAGCAACAGAUCAGCCUCCCAGCCAAACUGAUCAACGGGGGGAUAGCAGGCAUAGUAGGAGUCACUUGUGUGUUCCCCAUCGACCUGGCCAAGACUCGUCUGCAGAACCAACGAUGUGGGCAGCCGCUCUAUAAGAACAUGAUGGACUGUCUCAUGAAGACGGUGAGAUCAGAGGGCUACUUUGGAAUGUAUAGAGGAGCUGCAGUGAACCUUACCCUGGUGACCCCAGAGAAGGCCAUCAAACUGGCCGCCAACGACUUCUUCCGCCACCAGCUUAGUAAAGACGGUGGCAGGCUGACGGUCUCCAAAGAGAUGCUGGCGGGAUGUGGAGCAGGAAUGUGCCAGGUCAUCAUCACCACCCCCAUGGAGAUGCUGAAGAUCCAGCUACAAGAUGCCGGCAGGCUUGUGGCCCAGCAGAGAGUCAUGCCCAACAUGGUGCCCGUCCUGAAAGUGGGAGGAGCCAACGCCGUUCUGAGACGCUCGUACACGGCCGGCCCCGCCCCCCAGCUGUUGCGAGCGUCGGCCACCCAGAUCACCAGGGAGCUGCUGCGAACCAAGGGCAUCACAGGCCUGUACCAGGGGCUGGGGGCCACUCUGAUGAGGGACAUUCCGUUCUCGGUGGUCUAUUUCCCGCUCUUUGCCCACCUGAACCAGUUGGGCGAGCGCUCGUCCCAGGACACCAGCGUUCCUUUCUACUGGUCCUUCCUGUCUGGCUGCUUGGCCGGGUCCACUGCCGCCGUGGCGGUCAACCCUUGUGACGUGAUCAAAACCAGGCUCCAGUCGCUGAACAAGGGAGCCAAUGAAGAGACCUACAGCGGAGUGGUAGACUGCAUCAGUAAGAUAUUGAAGAAGGAGGGUCCGGGAGCGUUCCUGAAGGGCGCCGGCUGCAGGGCGUUGGUCAUCGCCCCUCUGUUUGGAAUAGCCCAGGUCAUGUACUUUGUAGGCGUGGGGGAGUUUCUGCUAGGAUACACCCCUUACAACAUCUACUCUGCCUGAGGCGACCACACCCCAUUAUCCCCCCCCCCCCCCCGCCAGCUUU